ACGAAUAUUUACUGUAUAAAAAAACCAUAUAUAUAUGUGGAUGAAGCAUGGUUCAGAUGAAGUCCACACAACCAUCUAAACUUUUCAAGAAGAAGUUCUUCAAAGAAAAACCAUAUUGAUGAAGAACUAGAUGGCAUUGACAGAUGAUGACCUGUCAAGCGACUGUCGACCUCGUAGAAUAGGUCUACCACGAUCAAGAAGUCUUCCUCAGUUGUCUCAUCAUGAUUCAGGGCUAGGGAGCUAUUAUGGGGGUUCGGGUGCAGAUGAACCUCCUAUAUCCAGGACAGCGCGUUUGGUCGCUGAUCUAAGGCAAAUUCUUACUCUAAAACAGCAUUAUUACCCUGAAGGUGGUUGGGGUUGGGUAGUGCUAUGGGCAGCAGUGUUCGUCCACAUUUUGGGUCAUGGAUUUGUCAUGUCCGUAGGAUGGCUUCAGUUGGAAAUUGUGAGGAAGUUUGGACCAGAAGUGACCAAACAAACAGGGUGGUUAACAGCACUAUCAACUGGUGUUUCACUGAUAAUUUCGCCAAUAACUAUAUCGUUUUGUAAGAAAAAAUCGACCAGGGUCUCAGCAGUUAUGGGAGGCUUAAUCACUGCCCUUGGAUGCCUUUUUACUAGUUUUGCAACACAGUUUCAUCAAUUGUAUUUCAGUUAUGGUUUCGUUCUGGGCGUGGGUGCAGGCAUUACCAAAGACUGUUCCACUCUAAUGGUGGCCCAAUAUUUCAAAAGGAGAAGGGAAUUGGUGGAAAUCGCCACGGUUUCGGGCAGUGGAAUGGGCCUUGCCGUUAUGUCCACCAUAGUUAAAAUAGCGAUUAAUGCUUUUGGUUGGCGUCUAGGACUCCAAACUGUCACAGGCAUAGUCUCCCUAACGUUCAUCCUGGGAAUCUUCUACAGAUCGGCAUCACUGUACCAUCCACAGAGACGAGCCAUCAUCCACAUCAAAAACCAGAAAAGAAAGAUCAAGGAUAAGAGCAAACUUGAGGAUAAGAGUCCUUUUUUCGAUCUUUCUCCACUCAGAAGUAAUACUGUGAGGGUAUUGUUGAUAUCUACUGCGAUUGGAGCGUUUGGAAUUAAUACUCCUUUGUUUUACUUGGCUUAUCAAGCCAAGAUUGAAGGUUUAGGAGAUUCAACAAUAUUCCUCCAAAUCUACUUAGGCUUAGCUUGGACUCUUGGAUGCAUAGUAUUCAGCAUUUUUGUCCUUCACACCUCCACAGAAUGUAGAAUAUCCAGACAAUAUCUGUGCCAAGCGGCCAUGUUGCUGACCGGAGUGUCCAUUCUAGCUUUUACUGUGGUCACGGGGAAUUACCAAGCCUACGUCAUGUUUGCGUGGAUCUAUGGUAUUUGUUGUGGCGGCUAUCAUUAUUCAUUAAAAAUGUACACCUACGAAAAAGUGAGAGCUAGAAACUUCGCGAAAACUUGGGGAUUCGUUCAGUUUUCUCAGGCUAUACCCAUCAUUAUUGGUGUACCUUUCUCAGGAUUUCUCAACGACACCUACAAUAACAAAACCGGAUACUACUUUAGCUCCACCUGCGUUCUAGUGGGCAGCCUGACGCUCUUUCUCGUUGACGUACGUCAAAGAAAACUAAACCGCGCCAAAAACAGUCGUACCAACGGCGGUACGCAGCAUUUCUGUGUCCAUGGUGCGUACUCGUCUCACAAUAGAAGGCUGUCGUUCCCUCAGGAAAUGGACAAUGACCAGGUGGUCAGUCCCAGUGUAACCGCGGCAGCUGUCAUUCUGGGUGCCGAUAUGGUUCAGAACAAUUCCGGCGGUAUGAUAGAGAAUGGUAAUGGGGAAAAGGCUGAUUUGACAUGUAUAUCAGAAGAAGAUUUUCUUGUUACAGGUAUAGCUGACAUGGACUUGCCCGAUAAUAUCCUUGAUGACCUUGACUACAUUGGAGACUGCAUCACGUCUUGCAACAAAGUGGAGAAUUACUUAAUGCUUAGCGAGUUUGAGAACAACUUGAUAGCUGAAAUGCCAUUGACCAUUGAUAAAAAGUCUAGAAGAUUAUCCUUGCAGAAACCUAGAUUAUCGACAUGCGCCACUGAAUUGAGGGAGGAUGAAAUUAGUAUAUUGAAAAAUCUGGAAAACAGGCAUUCAAAAUGGAAGGAUUUUCCUAGUAGAGUUAUUACAGUUAUCGGCGAAUCUUCUGUUUGAAAAAAAAAUGUUCCUUAAGACUGAUCGUAUUACAAGAAAAAAAAUUGUUUGUCAUAUACUGCCAGUUGAAAAUGAAUUAAACUCAUUUUAUUGUACUAUAAUAACUUGAAAAUCAAACAAUACUUGCAAAAUGAAACCACAAACAUCGAAUAUAAUAUUUAUGUAUUAGAUUAGAAUUAUAGAGAAACAAAAAUUGUGUAAAAUGUCAUUUUAUAGUAAUAGCAAUGUUAUUUAUUUAUUAAAUACUCAUUUUUACGUUAUUUAGGGCAUUAUUUUUUAAAAUAAAUAUAUCAAA